UCUCGCCUCUCUGAUCAGGUAUGUUGGACAAGGGAUAGCUCGCACAGACCACCGAUGCUGAUCGCGUGGAACAAAAACUCCCCACCUCCCGAAAAAAUGGUGAAAACAAAUCUCAAAACCAAUUUUACAAGGUUUAUGAAUAACAGAGUCCCCGCCCAUCGGAGAUAUGAACCUACGGAGUAUGAACAUGCAGCCAAUUGUUUCACACAUGCAUUGUGGAUCAUCCCCAGUAUACUCGGCAGUUCCAUCCUCUACGGCCUUUCCGAUGAUCAGUGGGAGGUGAUCACAGCAUGGAUCUAUGGGUUCGGACUGAGUGGUCUUUUUAUCGUCUCCACUGUCUUUCACACCAUCUCCUGGAAGAAAAGCCAUUUGCGAACAACGGAGCACUGCUUCCACAUGUUCGACAGAAUGGUGAUCUAUUUCUUCAUCGCUGCCUCGUAUGCCCCCUGGCUGAAUCUACGGGAGCUGGGCCCAUGGGCAUCUCACAUGCGUUGGAUCAUUUGGAUAAUGGCCUGUGUGGGGACUCUCUAUGUAUUUCUGUUUCACGAAAGGUACAAAAUCGUGGAAAUGAUCUGCUACAUGGUGAUGGGCAUCUUUCCCGCACUCGUCAUUCUCUCCAUGCCUAACACUGAAGGACAAUUUGAACUACUGGUGGGUGGUUUCUUCUACUCCCUGGGAAUGUUGUUCUUCAAGAGCGACGGGCGGAUUCCAUUUGCGCACGCAAUCUGGCACCUCUUUGUGGCGAUCGGAGCAGGGAUCCAUUACUACGCCAUCUGGAGGUACCUAUACCGCCCGCAGUCCUGGAGAUGAAGACAUCCCAUGUGGUCAGAUGGUGACCUGUGAUGGACAUUACCUGCGGGACAAACCACGGCAACAACAACCAGACGUUGCAACAAUCUCUGGGCCAUGCAAUCGAUGAGUGAAGGUCACUGCCAGAUUGUCCAUGACUCUUCACCUACCUCUUAGCACCGAACUACCAGAACCAUGGCCAGUAUUAAAUUCACAAACAUCUCCACAUGAACAAAUAUCAGUGUUAACGUGACUGCACUCGUUAUCAGAGCUGCACAGCAUUGGCUUAUUAUUGGCUGUGUCUUCUGUUAGAUACAGUUACAUCUUAAAUGAUAUUUUUCUGUAAAAAGAGUGCAAGUGUAGAUCCUAUUUUCUAGAAGGGUCUGUAUUAAUUAUGAAGCUCAUUAUGAGAGGGAUUCGCUUGAAACUUGAAAGGUUGAAAACCCAUGGAAGUAUCUUAUUUAGGUUAAUUAUUGUUGCUUGUAUCGAGGUACAGUGAAAAGCUUUAUUUUGCAUGCUAUCCAGUCAAUAGGUCAGCGCAGUGGUGCAGUCGUAAGAGCUGCUGACUCACAGCGCCAGAAACCCAGGUUCAAUCCUGACCUCAGGCGCUGUCUGUGUGGAGUUUGCACAUUCUCCCUGUGACCACGUGGGUUUCUUCCAGGUGCUCCAGUUUCCUCCCACACCUCAAUGACGUGUGGGUUUGUAGGUUAACUGGCCUCUGUAAACUGCCUCAAAUGUAGGGAGAGGAUGAGAAAAUUGGGUAGUAUGAACGGGUGCUCACUAGUUGGCAUGGGCAUGGUGGGCCAAAGGGUCUGCUCCCAUGCUGUAUGUCUAAGCUAAACUAAAUCAGAUAACACUAUACGUAAAUAUAAUCAAGUCAAAUUCAAGUACAGUAAGGAGGGAAAAGGGGAACAUUCAGAGUGCAGAAUGUAGUUGAAUUACUUUGGUAGAAUGGUUGGCAAAUAUGUGACAUCCGGCUUCAGGAAACUGCAGGACUGGAGAAAAACGAUAUUGUAGAAGACAGAAUCACUGCCCCACAGCCCUGGAGUCCCAGGUUCAAUGCUGAGCUCGGGCACUCUCUGCGUGGUGUGUGCACACUGGGUACUUUCCUGGUGCUCCAGUUUCCUUCCACAUCAGAGGCUCAAAAUCAUAUAGAUUGGUAGUUUAAUUAGCUACGGUAAAUUGCCCCAAAUAUACAGGUGUGUAGGUAAAACACGAGGGGAGUUGAUGCAUAUGUUGGGAGAAUAAAAAUGGGAUUAAUGUAGGAUUAACGCAAGUUGAUGCCCGUGGUCUCAGAAGGCUUGAGGGCCUGUUUCCGUGCUCUAUCUCUCUAUGAUCAUGAAAUUGGUCUUCUUUAGACCCAUUACCCAUAGCAUUCAUCGGUUCUGCAUCUCAGGAGCAGCCGUCCAAUUCCAUACUGGCUUUAAAUAGAUUUCAAGCAUUCCGAGCAGUUACCACACACGGCUUUAGGCCUCUUCCUAAUAAGACUAAUAACCUCAAGAGUCAAGUCAAGACGUUUGAAGAAGUAUCUUGACCCGAAACGCCGCCAAUUCCUUCUCUCCAGCGAUGCUGCCUGUCCCGCUGCGUUACUCCAGCAUUUUGUGUCUAUCUUCACUUUAAACCAGCAUCUGCAGUUCCUUCUGGUGAGGUUCACCACUGAUUUUCCGGCACUCUUGGUUCCAGAGCCUUGCAGUAUUAUCCCUUUUGGCAGACUAACAGAGAUCACGGCCUCAGGCGGCGGGGGGGAGGGGCAGAUCCCGACCUGCAAAGCCGGCUUCGGAAGUCGGCCAAGAG